UCGGAAUGAUAUAGUCCCGACCGUCAAAGAAGCAAAGUAAGGUGUUGCAGAGCGGUGCGAGAGGAACGCGGCACGCCCCAUGGGUUUCUGGAGGUCACGUGGGAGCCACCACGCCCAUGACGUCGACUACGCUUCCUGCGUGACGUACGGGAAGUUAGGCUUAUCGCUCAGCUGUGCGAGGAGGGGGCCGUGCGGCUCGAAAGUUUUUCUCGGCUGUCGUUCCCGACCACGAGUGCAAAUGAAGAGAUCCGGCCGUAGGAGGAAGAUGUCGGCCAGUUUGCCCGGCGAGUUUGCCAAGUUCGCCAAGAACAGCAAAUACCUGCGCCGGAUAUGGCGAGACACCAAGGCGUCGCUGGACGACAUCGCCAAGUGCGGCUAUUUCAGCGAAGACCAGCUGGCCCAACUGCGUCUGAACGAGACCGACGACCAAUUCAUUGGACGUACGGUGAUGCAGCCUGUCGCCUUGGUGGUUCUGGGCCACAGCUGCUGGGCCAAGGCGCGGGUGGUCAACGAGCUGUUCGGCCAGUCGGUCCUGCCGGUCACCUCACCGGUCGGGGACGAGAGCCAGCUGACCUGGAGGAUGGUUCGUUUCUCGGCGGGUAACCAGACGGAGAUUAGCCUGGCCUUGCCCAAUAGCUUGGAGCUGGUGGAGCACUUGGCUGCCUACGACCAGCCUUGGAGGACAAUUCCACGGGCCGACCUCGAGGUCGAGGGUGAGGCGCGCAAAGAUCCGGCCCUUAGUGCCGCUGCCUUGGAGAUCCGCAUGAAGCACGCGCUGCUUCGAGAUGAGGUGCAGGUUGUGGCCACACCCUGCAACGACAGCCUCACCUUCGAACAGACUUAUCGCCGGGCCACUGAAGGCUGCACUCCGCUGCUGUUGUACGCCUUUGCGGAGGAAGCCUUCACGGAUAAGGAACUGGCCGACUUGUACGAGCUAAAGCGAAUCGCUCCAAAGACACCGGUGCUUUUUAUUCGGGCCAACAUGCCAGCCACGUCGGAGCUAACUGAAUCUGAGCAACAUGCUCGCAGUCUGCGCAAUGCCAGGCUUGCGGAGCAGGUCCAGCUGUGCACUGCCUAUUCAUGGUCGCUCGGUUGCCCUGAUAAAAUCCUGAUGGCUCUGCCAUGCCUUUGCACCUCUGUGCAGGAGGAUGCGCCCAAGUCUGUGAUCACCUUGCCCGUGACGGCACAGCAGCAGCUCUGCAGCCUGGGCUUCCUCUCCAAGCACUUUCCGGAGAAACAGCGGCACCACGAUCGGCGGAGGCCCAACGUCCGGUGCUCCAGCGGGUGUUCGCCCAGCUCUGAGCUCAUCGAGAACUUCGACGACUUUGCCUGCAACAUCUGCCUCUUCGUGCGGAGCGCCCUUCAGUCGCUGCUGGUGAGCGCUGCGUCGCUACUCAACACGACUCACUUGCACUGCCUGCGGACGUUCAUCCUGACGGCGUUCGACAUGACGCGGGACAUGAUGAUCACGCCCAAGCGGCUCGCAUACGCGCGCAAGCAGGAGACGGGCCUCUACCACGCGCUCAUGGAGGUGGCCAGCCACAAGCAGGAGGAGAUUCGCCAGCUCAUCGUGGGUGCCAUCGAGAACCUGCGUGGCGAGGUGCUUCAAAGGGCGGCCGACUACCAAUUCGAAGGCGUCAUAGUAGACGAAGGUGAGCAGGCUGCCCCGCCGACGGCCAGUGUUCUUCAAAUCUGCACCUCCCAGAUUCAGGACCUUGUGCUAGGGAUGCUCAACGCAGCUGUUGCCGAGAAGCUCGUUGGCUCUAUGAACUGCCUCCGGGAGAGCUUUGUGGGCACUUUGGAGAGGUGCCUGGCAAGUCUGGAAGGCGUCUGCAAGGAAGACGACUGUAUGCAGGCCAGCAACGCUCUCAAGCAAAUUCUCAACGCGGCAUACCAGGUGGAGGUGACUGUGAAGACCAGCUCUUCACUCCUGUGGGUCCUCUGGGAGAAAAUGAAGCAGCUCGUUCAGACUCUGCCGGGCCGUGCUCCACCGCGGAUUGAUGCAGAGUGGCGCCAGAGGGUGGCCGCAGACAUGCUCGAGUCGCUGAGUGAGUGGCGGCUGGCACGUUGCAUCUGCUCCCAGUUCCGCGAGCGGCUGCGGUCCUCGCACGAACAAUUUCAAGCUGCCAUGCGUCAGCUGGAGGCCGUCCACUCGGGCCGCCUGGAGCGCACAGAAACUCAAAGGAUCAAGGUGCGAAAGCUGCACGCACCACGCCUGGCCCGCUGUGCCCUGGAGAGCACCUCCCUGCGGGACGAGAUCCUUUAUGGGAUGCCCCAGUUGGGGCGCGAGCUGGGCCGCGGCCAGUACGGCGUGGUGUACUCCAGCGAACCCUGGGGCGGCCGGUCUCCGUGCGCCGUCAAGUCGGUGGUGCCCCCAGACGACAAGCACUGGAACGACCUGGCAAUGGAGUUCUUCUACACCCGCAGCGUGCCCGACCACGACCGCAUCGUCCAGAUACGGGGGUCGGUCAUCGACCACAACUAUGCCGGCGGGACCACCCCUGCCGUGCUGCUCGUCAUGGACCGCAUGCAGCGGGACCUCUACACGGCCUUGCGUGCGGGGCUCAGCUGGCCGGCCAGGCUCAGGGUUGCACUGGAUGUCGUUCAAGGCAUCCGGUUUCUUCACAGCCAAGGCCUCGUACACAGAGACAUCAAGCUCAAGAACGUCCUGCUGGACAGGGCGGACAGAGCGAAGCUGACCGACCUGGGUUUCUGCAAGCCAGAGGCAAUGAUGUCCGGCAGCAUAGUGGGCACCCCCAUCCACAUGGCACCCGAGCUGUUCACGGGUCGCUACGACAACAGUGUCGACACGUACGCCUUCGGCAUCCUCUUCUGGUACAUCUGCGCGGGACACGUCAAGCUGCCCUACGUUUUUGAACAAUGCCAGACCAAGGAUCAGCUAUGGUCCUGCGUCAGGAAAGGUGCUCGACCCGAGCGGCUGCCCCAGUUUACAGACGAUUGCUGGCGGCUAAUGGAGCAGUGCUGGGCGAGCGACCCCCAACGGCGACCGCUGCUUGGCGACGUGGAGCUUGUGCUCGAGGCCAUCUCGCAGCAGCAGCAGGAGGCCGGACACACCCAGGAGACCCAGCAGCUCUCGGAGAGCCUCUGUUCAAGCCAGCAGCAGCACACAAACGGCUACGGCUACACCCCCUGCCGGCCAAUUGUGCCCACCAAGGACAAACGAGUACCUCCGAGAGGCGUCGAUGCAGUGACCGAAAGUGCGGAGAUGUUUAUUGAAAUAUAUGCCCACCACAUGUGUUACUAGACGAGCCCAUGUUGUUCCUUCUACCCAUUCUUUGUCUUCCCGUCGUAAUCUUUUUAUUGUUUUUUUAUUUUCCCUAACGUAUUUGCCAGUAUGUUUGGCCAAACUGACGCAAACUUUCCGCACUUGCAAGCAGACACGUGGAACGUUUCUACCGCCCCACCCCCCAACAACCAUGACGAAAGCAGGUCUGCAUGAGAGUCCUGCUUUUUGUACAGAAGAUUCUUUUAUAUUUCGUGUACAUAAUGUAAUAAAAAAAACUGUUAGUGUAGUUGUGUAUGUGUUUCGUGUUGCCGGUUUUAAGUACUAAUGAUGUGCAUAUUUGUUAAUAGGACAUGUGGAAAAACGAAAAAAAAAAAAGUGUGCGUGGUGUGCACGAAAUAAAGCAUUUGAACAUGUU